UGGGAGAUGAAUUUAUGAAUUGGGAUGCUGCUGAAAGACAAGUUCAGAACUAUGCGAUGAAAGUUGGAUUUGAUCUGGUUAAACGUCAUCUUGAAAAAAAUAAGCAUGAUGAAAUUGUAUGUCAUACAUUUGAAUGCAAGACUUCUGGUAAAUAUAAAGCAAAAAAAAAGGCUGAUAAUGAAGAUGUUUGCGAAUGUAAAAGUGCAAAGGUGAAUUGUUCUUGGAGAGUCAACCUUAAUUUAUCUGGUGGCACUGUACAUGUCACUUUAUUGAAUAAAGUGCAUAAUCAUUCAUUAUAUAAGAAAAUACAAGAUGUUUCAUCAAAACAUCGUCGUCUCAGCCCUGAAAUGCUUAACGAAGUCGAAUUUCUUGUAAAUAUUGGCUGUGAAGCUA